AUGACGUCUCUUCGGCAGAGCCACCAAAUGGAGGAGCUGGGCAUUUCCAAGGCAGCGUCAAAAAUCCGCAACUGGCGAAAAUCCGGCAAGCUCGAGAUAGAACUCGCCGACCAUUACCUCGCCAAGAUCUACUCCUCAGGAUCCGUUGUGCGAGGUCAUUUAUCUAUCUCACCGGCCAGCGAUAUUUAUGCUUCCUCCAUCACCAUCUCCCUUGAUGGCGUUACAACGAUCCGUACGGUCGGUCAAAAGUUAACAACUACGACUACACACCGUUUUCUGAAGAUCGACUUGAUUUCCUCUGACAUUCUCGAGUUGGUCUCAACAACCCUCACAAAGAAUCGCUCGCACAAAAUACCUUUCCAGUUCACUUUACCUUAUCAACUGGACCCAACGGCUUGUAUACACGAUGUCGUAUCAACAACUGUCACAGACAAGCAUUUGAUCCCCCCCCCGACGAUUGGAGGGGAGUGGGAUCGACAUGAUAUGAGUCCUGGAGUUGUUGAGGUUGAAUAUGGAAUCAAUGCCUGCGUUGCUUCAACUCCAUCUCUGGACACAGGUCACAGUCAAGAUUUUACGGCCAAGAGAGCCAUACGGUUCAUUCCAAGAUUAAGCGAGAGUCCACCGCUACAUGUCUCGUUGAUGAAUCGGCGAUACAAGCUGCAAGGCACGAAAUCUCUUCGGAGUAACUCAUUCAAGCGACCGUUUGGCAUCAUCAGCGCCACUGCGAUGCAACCUGAACCACUUCAUCUCCAAGCUUAUGGAACCGUCAUUACGCCGUCAUUCAUUGAUGUCACCUUGACAUUUGAUCCUGAAAAUGAUGGGAUCACGCCCCCGAAGCUGGACAGUGUAUCUCUUUCCAUCCGAUCCUACACUUGGCAUCAAGCCGACCCAUACCAAGCAUUCCCUGACCAGAUUGGAAAGCCCAGCCUCAAACAGCCAUUCAUUACGAGCAUUGAAUUAACUGUCGGUCGUCCGCAAGUAACGUGGGCACGACAUGUUAAUCCUGGGCUUGAGGAUAAGAGUUCAGAGAACUCGUCUGUAGCCUUUUACAGUUCUACGCUGCAGCUUCCACUAUCUGUGUCGACAAGAAACAAAACCUUUCUGCCGACAUUCCAUUCCUGUCUUGUUUCUAGGACUUACGAUGUCAACCUGCGUCUUGGGUUUAAGAAGGGGGAUUUGACAAUUGUAGCACCUCUCCAAAUUAUCGCAGACCCUUAA